CUCUAAUAUCAAAAAUAUAUGUGGCCGACUAGAUAGAAUCGAGCAGCACUGAAUUUUAUUAGGAAUCCUAAAAAUUAUCAACAUCACGAGAAUUUCUUCCUGUUCCUUUAGUUGACGUUCAGCUGUUUUUAGGGAUAGUGUCACUUCAUUUUAUUGACGUGGUUUUUGAAAAAAGGAUUUUAAGAACCGUGAGGGAAAGCUGAUACUUGGGUAAAACAUGGAUUCCGAUCCAACCGAGGAAAAUACUCAAUCGGCUAGCAAUAUAGUAUUUGAGGCCUCCACACAAACCCCUACCAAUGAACCCUGUGAUUCUCCUAUGUUUACUCAGAAGGGAUAUUGCCUUAAAACUAAUGGGCAUAGCGUUCAAGCCCUAACGAAUAUACAGAGGAUGAGGCAACAUGGACAACUUUGUGAUAUAUCGUUAAAAAUAGGAUUAGAAAAAUUUAGAGCCCAUAAGGUCAUUCUAGCUUCAGUUAGUCCGUAUUUUUAUGCAAUGUUCAAUGGUGAGAUGAAAGAACACAAUCUUUCGGAAAUAGAAAUACACGAUAUGGAUCCGACAGCUAUAGAUCUACUCAUAGAAUACGCAUAUACGGGUCAAAUUACAGUUACACCAGAUAAUGUUCAAGUGCUGCUUCCUGCAAGCAGUCUUCUGCAGAUGCAGGAAGUGCGAGAGGCAUGCUGUAGGUUUUUGCUACGUCAAUUGCACCCUACAAAUUGCUUAGGAAUUAGAAGUUUCGCAGAUACACAUUCGUGCAAAGAACUUCACUUGAAGUCUCACGUUUACGCUUUACAGAAUUUUCAACAAGUUGUCGGUACAGAAGAAUUUUUACUUCUACCGUUUGAAGAAGUCAACGAACUAAUCUCGAACAGUCAGUUAAAUAUUUCUUCUGAAGAAGACGUCUUUACUUCUGUACUAAAUUGGGUAAAACAUGAUCUUGCAGAAAGAAGUAAAUAUAUAUCUAGGUUAAUGCAACACGUACGACUUCCAUUAGUUAACCGAGAGUUCCUUAUGACAAGGGUGGACAACGAAAAAUUAAUAAGGGAAAACAACGACUGUAGAGAACUACUGUUAGAAGCUAUGAGAUAUCACCUUGCACCUGAACGAAGGUGUGUUUUAUCGAGUUCUAGAACUUUGGAAAGGAAACCUAAUGGUGCUCAACCUUACCUGUUCGCGAUAGGCGGAGGCUCCCUAUUUGCAAUACACUCAGAAUGUGAAGUAUAUAAUCCAAAAUCUGAUUCUUGGUCGUCUAUAGCUCCAAUGCAAUGGCGCAGGUCCAGAUCUGGAGUAACAGGAUUAAGAAGAUUACUCUAUGUCGUUGGAGGAUAUGACGGAGCUUCAGAUCUAGCUACUGCGGAGUGCUACAAUCCUUUAAAUAAUACCUGGUCUUCCAUAACACCGAUGGGCACUAAGAGGUCUUGCUUAGGUAUUUGCUCAUUCGAUGGCCUAAUAUACGUUUGUGGUGGCUAUGACGGAGCCUCGUGUUUAAGUUCCAUGGAAAGAUUCGAUCCCCUAACCGGAGUAUGGUGCAGUUGUCCUGCUAUGAACACAAGAAGACGAUACUGUAGGAUAGCCGUAGUAGAGAAUUGUAUAUAUGCUCUUGGAGGAUUUGAUUCUACGAAUUAUCAAGCAUCGGUUGAAAGAUUUGAUCCAAGGGAGGGUACAUGGCAGUCCGUUCCAUCAAUGUCUUCUAGAAGAAGUAGUUGUGGUGUGGCAGCUUUAAACGGACAUCUUUAUUGCAUAGGAGGAAAUGAUGGUACAAUGUGCAUGUCAAGUGGAGAACGAUUUAACGUAAGAAGGAACGCUUGGGAACCUAUAACCUCUAUGAAUAGUAGACGGUCAACUCACGAGGUAGUAGCCAUAGAUGGUUUCAUCUACGCAUUAGGAGGUAACGAUGGAUCUUCUAGUCUAAACGCCGUGGAACAAUACGAUCCAAGGUCUAACAAAUGGGUUAUUAUAUCACCCAUGAGUACGAGAAGAAGUUCUGUUGGAGCAGCCAUUUUAGAAUGUAUAAAUAUUGAACACGUGUUAAGGCAGACUAUAAAUAGUUGA